GUGCUGCCCCUCUCCUCUUGGUGAGCAUCUGAGACAGUCAAGAGUGACAAGAGAAGCAAGGGGAAGAGCGAGGGGAACAAGGGAAUAAACUGAGUGCAGGAGGAGGACUGUGGACAUGGAUGCCCUAGCACUAGAGGCCACCAGCGGUAAAAAGACGGCUAAUGGCGUGGCAGUGGCUGCCCCGCUGCCAGUGCAAGCCCCCGUCAAACGCAAACCUGCUAAAAAAGCUAAAAAGGCUGUUGUUUUCUUUGAGGUGGAGAUACUGGAUGCCAAGACCAAGGACAAGCUCUGCUUCCUGGACAAGGUCGAGCCAAAUGCCACUAUUGGGGAGAUCAAGUCGAUGUUCCACAAGAGCCAUCCUCAGUGGUACCCAGCCAGACAGUCCAUUCGCCUCGACCCCAAGGGGAAGUCUCUGAAGGAUGAGGAUGUUCUGCAGCAUCUUCCUGUGGGAACCACGGCAACCUUCUACUUCAGAGACCUGGGAGCCCAGAUCAGCUGGGUCACAGUCUUUCUGACAGAGUACACUGGUCCUUUGGUCAUCUAUCUGAUGUUCUACUUCAGGGUUCCCUUCAUCUACGCACCCAAAUAUGACUUUACCACCAGUAAACACUGGGUCGUACAUCUCGCCUGUAUGUGUCACUCUUUCCACUACGUUAAGAGACUGUUGGAGACGCUGUUUGUCCAUCGCUUCUCUCAUGGAACAAUGCCGUUACGCAACAUCUUUAAGAACUGUACGUACUACUGGGGCUUCGCAGCCUGGAUGGCGUAUUAUAUCAACCACCCGUUGUAUACACCGCCAAUCUAUGGGGAGCAACAGAUAAGACUGGCGCUCAUCAUAUUCUUGUUCUGUCAGAUCGGCAACUUUUCCAUUCACAUUGCUCUUCGGAACCUCCGUCCACCAGGCUCUAAGACCAGGAAGAUUCCCUAUCCAACCAAGAAUCCCUUCACCUGGAUCUUCCUGCUGGUCUCCUGCCCCAACUACACCUAUGAGCUGGGCUCCUGGCUUGGCUUCACAGUCAUGACGCAGUGCCUGCCGGUGGCUUUCUUCACCUUGGUGGGUUUCAUCCAGAUGACCGUCUGGGCCAAGGGGAAGCACCGAAGCUACCUGAAGGAGUUCCGCGACUACCCUCCCCUCCGCUCACCAAUCCUGCCUUUCAUCCUGUAGAGGACUAUUUGGCCGCUCUCUAACCCAUCCAGCUCUCCCUGGUUGUAGGAGUCAAAUAUCCUCAACCCUGAGACGACGGUGCACCUCCCCUUUUCCCUCCUCCAAAAUCUACACCAGAAUUCAUUAGAUUGACUGACAGAAUCUAACACUUUUCCUUUCCUGCCCAACCAGAUGUUCUCUCUCCCUUCCUCUCCCGUCUUGUUAAGUGAAAAUAUAAAACACUUCACUUGCUAAUUUUUUUUUUUUUUUUAACCACAAACACAUUCUGAUUGAUUAACUGGCUUAUGUUCAUUUGAGCUCCCAGAACAGUUUUCACCUUCAAGCUACCCAGUGUGUACUGCAAGAUGUCCAACCACUCUUAUGUCUUCUAAUACUGUUGUUUGGGGGCUGACUCUGCAUCUGGUGAAAUUCAGCAAAUCUUAAAACUGUUCAGUUUUGAUAUCCAUUACUCUUAGACCAUGACCGCAUUCAAUAUUUGUGUGGUGUGAUUAAGUAAUUUAUUAAAAAAAAGGGUAAACAAAAAA